UGCGUGCGCGCUUCUGUGGUGUGACGUCGGCUCGUUUGGAGAGCGGAAGCGGUUGUUUAGUAGCCAAAAAGAGGAGGAGCGGAGUCUUGGUUUAGAGAGUGUUUGUGUUUUGUAACCACGAUUGGAAUAAGAAAAAAGACACUUCCCAGUACAACGCAAAGGGAGAGGGAACACAGAACCGGGGAGAGCUAUUUAUCAACAUGACUGUCCGUGUUUUCUGGUGAAGAAGUUGAUUUGAUGGUGGCGAGGAGAUGAGCCGAUUGGAGCUGGUGUCGGGCCUGAGCGGAGGAUCGAGGGACGGUGUUCAAGUCUGGGGGCUCCGGCAGUGAAUUCAAGAUUAAUACUAAAGGAUUGGAAAGCGUCUGCGGGGGAGGCACAAGCAAAUCCGAAAGAGAACUACUGUGUGUUUAAAUAUUUACUGUGCAAGAAAACGGGACCUGACAUGAUAAGUGUGUGAAGUGUACACCGUGAAUAAGAAGUCUUCAUACCCUCCUCCUCCUCCUCCUCCUCCUCCUCACAUCUAGCAAGGUGAGCUACGCCGGGUUCAAGGCGAGAGGACCCAGCCUGCACUGAAGGAGUGUUAUCAUGGUGCAGAAGUACCAGUCACCCGUUCGGGUGUACAAGCACCCUUUCGAGUUGGUCAUGGCGGCGUAUGAAAGAAGAUUCCCCACCUGCCCUCUGAUCCCCAUGUUCGUGGACAGCGACACUGUGAGCGAGUUCAAGAGUGAGGACGGGGCCGUGCACGUGAUAGAGAGGCGUUGCAAGCUGGACGUGGACGCGCCCAGGCUGCUAAAGAGGAUUGCCGGGGUGGACUACGUGUACUUUGUCCAGAAGAACUCCUUGAACAGAAGGGAGCGGACCCUGCAGAUAGAGGCCCACAAUGAAACCUUCUCCAGCAGAGUCAUCAUCAAGGAGUUCUGCUGUUACACUGUUCACCCGGAGAAUGAAGACUGGACUUGUUUUGAGCAGUCUGCAAGUCUGGAUAUCAAAUCUUUCUUUGGCUUUGAAAGCACUGUUGAAAAGAUUGCGAUGAAGCAAUAUGCCGGCAGUAUUAAAAAGGGCAAAGAGAUCAUUGAAUAUUACCUGAAGGAACUGGAAGAUGAGGGCGUUGCCUUCAUACCCCGCUGGAGUCCUGCUGUAGCUCCCCCUGCCCCAGUCAGCAUCACUGCUCAGCCAGAGCAUCCAGUGUCUGCAGCCAUCUCCAUCCCCGCCGCCUGCGCCAAGGAGAGCCACAGCAGCAAAGAGGCCCUCGGGGCACCUGGGAGCCCGGCGGAGCCCCUCACUGGCACUCCUGAUGACAAACUGGAUGCAGAUUACAUCAAGCGCUAUCUAGGAGAUCUGAUGCCUCUACAGGAAAGCUGCCUGAUCCGACUGCGGCAGUGGCUGCAGGAGACACACAAGGGCAAGAUUCCGAAGGACGAGCACAUCCUGCGCUUCCUGCGCGCCCGUGACUUCAACAUGGACAAGGCGAGGGAGAUCCUGUGCCAGUCCCUGACCUGGAGGAAGCAGCACCAGGUGGACUACCUGCUGGAGACGUGGAGCUCCCCGCAGGUGCUGCAAGACUACUACACUGGUGGCUGGCACCACCACGAUAAGGAUGGUCGCCCUCUCUAUGUGCUCCGUCUGGGACAGAUGGAUACCAAGGGACUAGUCCGGGCACUUGGGGAGGAGUCUCUGCUUCGGCAUGUCCUGUCAAUCAAUGAAGAAGGGCUGAGACGAUGCGAGGAAAAUACAAAAGUCUUCGGACGACCAAUAAGCUCCUGGACCUGCCUGGUGGACCUGGAAGGCCUCAAUAUGAGGCACCUGUGGCGGCCGGGCGUGAAGGCUCUGCUGCGGAUCAUCGAGGUGGUGGAAGCAAACUACCCUGAGACCCUGGGGCGCCUCCUCAUUCUCCGAGCACCGAGGGUCUUCCCUGUCCUCUGGACGCUGGUCAGUCCGUUCAUCGAUGAAAACACUCGCAAGAAGUUCCUCAUCUACGCGGGAAAUGACUACCAGGGUCCUGGAGGGCUGGUUGAUUACAUUGACAAAGAGAUAAUUCCUGACUUCCUGGGAGGAGACUGUAUGUGUGAAGUUCCAGAAGGGGGGGUCGUUCCCAAGGCUCUGUACCGGACAGCUGAGGAGCUGGAGACAGAAGAUAUCCGCCUCUGGACUGAUACCAUCUACCAGUCCGGCAGUGUCUUCAAGGGGUCUCCACAUGAGCUGCUGAUAGAAAUCAUUGAUGCCUCCUCUGUGAUCACCUGGGAUUUCGACGUGUGUAAAGGAGACAUUGUGUUUAACAUCUUCCACUCGAAGAGAGCCCCCCAGCCCCCCAAGAAGGACACGCUGGGUGCCCACAGCAUCACCUCCCCAGGGGGCAACAACGUGCAGCUCAUAGACAAGUCCUGGCAGCUGGGGCUCGACUACAGCAUGGUGGAGUCGCCUCUGAUCUGUAAGGAGGGGGAGAGCGUGCAGGGCUCCCACGUGACCAGGUGGCCUGGCUUCUACAUCCUGCAGUGGAAGUUCCACAACAUGCCUGCCUGCGCCACCACCAGCCUGCCCCGUGUGGACGACGUGCUGGCCACGCUGCAGGUCUCAUCGCAUAAGUGCAAAGUCAUGUACUACACAGAGGUGCUGGGCUCUGAGGACUUCCGAAAUGCUUGCUACGAUGUUGAGAGUUUGGGCUCCAUGACCAGUCUGGAGUCGAGCCACAGUGGCUUCUCCCAGCUCAGUGCUGCCACCACCUCCUCCAGCCAGUCCCACUGCAGCUCCAUGAUUUCCAGGUAGUGCUGCUGCCACCUCCUCCUCCAGCCAGUCCCACUGCAGCUCCAUGAUUUCCAGGCAGUGCUGCCACCUCCUCCUCCAGCCAGUCCCACUGCAGCUCCAUGAUUUCCAGGCAGUGCUGCCACCACCUCCUCCUCCAGCCAGUCCCACUGCAGCUCCAUGAUUUCCAGGCAGUGCUGCCACCACCUCCUCCUCCAGCCAGUCCCACUGCAGCUCCAUGAUUUCCAGGCAGUGCUGCCACCACCUCCUCCUCCAGCCAGUCCCACUGCAGCUCCAUGAUUUCCAGGCAGUGCUGCCACCUCCUCCUCCAGCCGGUCCCACUGCAGCUCCAUGAUUUCCAGGCAGUGCUGCCACCUCCUCCUCCAGCCGGUCCCACUGCAGCUCCAUGAUUUCCAGGUAGUGCUGCCACCUCCUCCUCCAGCCGGUCCCACUGCAGCUCCAUGAUUUCCAGGCAGUGCUGCCACCACCUCCUCCUCCAGCCGGUCCCACUGCAGCUCCAUGAUUUCCAGGCAGUGCUGCCACCACCUCCUCCAGCCGGUCCCACUGCAGCUCCAUGAUUUCCAGGCAGUGCUGCCUCCACCUCCUCCAGCCGGUCCCACUGCAGCUCCAUGAUUUCCAGGCAGUGCUGCCACCUCCUCCUCCAGCCGGUCCCACUGCAGCUCCAUGAUUUCCAGGUAGUGCUGCCACCUCCUCCUCCAGCCGGUCCCACUGCAGCUCCAUGAUUUCCAGGUAGUGCUGCCACCUCCUCCUCCAGCCGGUCCCACUGCAGCUCCAUGAUUUCCAGGCAGUGCUGCCACCUCCUCCUCCAGCCGGUCCCACUGCAGCUCCAUGAUUUCCAGGCAGUGCUGCCUCCACCUCCUCCAGCCGGUCCCACUGCAGCUCCAUGAUUUCCAGGCAGUGCUGCCACCACCUCCUCCAGCCAGUCCCACUGCAGCUCCAUGAUUUCCAGGCAGUGCUGCCACCACCUCCUCCAGCCGGUCCCACUGCAGCUCCAUGAUUUCCAGGUAGUGCUGGCCCUCUUCACCCACCAGCCUGUGCAGAGCCACAUAGGAGGAUCUACCUGCACAGAACCACAGAGGAACCUUCUAACUCCAGAAUGACACCCUUUGAUGAAACAGAUGGGAGUGGACACAUUGAAAGCCGAUCGCUGGACAGCUGGCUGCCUCAGUAACGAGUCGAUGACGUCGCGCAGUUAGCUGGGGAAUCUAGGUCAAGCUGGGUGGGGGGGCGGCAAUUAAAUAGCCAAAUUUCUUUCCAGAGCAAUAAGUCAUUUCUAGACAUGAUGUUAUAAAAGAGCAAGGAGGAUGUUUACUUCCUUUGCAUUUUGGGUGCUAUUUAAAAUAAUUUAAACAGGUUUUUAGAAAUGAAAUGAGUGUGUGGGGAGCAAAAAUACUUCAAUCUUUUAGGAAUCUCAUUAAUGUUAGAACUCCUUUUUUAUGACUAAUACACUCUUGUCUGGCUAAAUUCAGUAGAACUGCUUGGUGACUUUUUGCUUACCAGCAACGGCCUGGAAUGGCGUGGUAUAAAAGAUCUCUUAUUGAUGUUGUCUAGUCUCUAUUGGUUUCAUGUUCUAACUCUAGUGCAGUUAGUCUACUGAUUUACUUACUUUAGUACUGUGUCCAAAUGAAACUGUACCCAAAUGGAUCCCUAUAGUAACAUGUCAACUUCUAUGAAAUCACCAAUUUCUUUUUUAUUUGUAUGGUUAGCAGCAGAUUUAUGAAAUGUGCUGGGUCCCUUGCCUCUUCUGUUACAGCACUUACUGCCCACUUAAUAAAAUGUAAUGAGCUGAAUCCAUUCUCGUUCAGUAGAAGGUGUUGCAGUGUUGGGGUGAAUAAGGACUUGCCAUUGGUUACGGGACAAUGAAAUCGGCAAGAUUUGUGUUACCCAACAGGCACUGCUCACCCAAAUACAGAGCGAAUACAUAAAUGUUCAGUUUUCAGCCUUCUACAGUUGCGUUUCCAGACACUGAAACCUUUUCGAUUUGCUCUUGUCCUGUGAAGAGAGAGCUCAUUUUAAACAAGGCCAGAGUACAGCCCUGCUUUGAGAAGGGUCAGGCCCGGAUUCCUAGCUGGCUGGCCAGAGGGUUAGAAGUUACAAUGACGGGAUUUAUUUUCUAACAGUGCUUUUUUAACAGUGUAAAUGAAUCUAGUUUGAAGUGGGUAUUUUGUAAUUUAUAGACCAUUUGCAGUAAUUGGAUUUUUCUGUGAAGUGUAACUCCACACUUCAGGAGAAGCACCAUUGCAGUGCUUCUGUCUUCUGUGGAAACCUGUUCAUUAAAUAAGCAUUGUGCAGACUAUCUGAGAAACCUCUAGCAGUGCAUACUCCCUUCUCCUGAGCCUCUCUUCUGUCCUCUAGUUUUGCUGUUAGUAAAUCUGGCAGGUAAUUGUGCACUGGUGUAUCACUCAUGUAUGAAACACAUGAACAGCACUAGAAGGCUAGCCUGGAGCUCGCUCAGUUCAGACAGUGCUUGGGAGAUGAUAUGCUUUCUAAUAAUGACUUCAUGAGUGUUUGUUUGUUUGGUUUUUAUUUGGUGACUUGUUGUGCUUGUUUAGUCUAUAUCUGUGUCCUAGAGGGGGGUGCAUUGCUGUGCAGGGGAGGCUCAUUCAGUGCCCUGUCAUACAGAAUCUGCAUAGAUGUUGAGUGUGUGUAUCAUCAGACAGAGCACAGCUGUCACUCCACGCCUCAUUGGACUCUGUUGAUGGUGUCGUUUUCUCCCAGUGCACCAGGAUGCAUUCUCCCCAGAUAUCCUUCAACCUGAGGGCUGCUGUGUGUGUCUCCAUUUCAGAACUGUCUUGCUUGUGUUGCUGUAUUGCAUAUCAACAUCUCCUGAGGAUUUAUUAAUAUAUUCAUACUUUGUUUGAAUUAAUAUACACAAAUAGCCUUUAAAUAUUUUUAAAACCAUUAAACUUGAAUUCUAAAAAAGAA